CGAAGCAUUGAAUGACACAGAAAUUGAUACGACAGUCAAAGCGUCCGACCGAAAUCGAGCUGUGAACAAAACGGUCAUUGACAGGCCAGAGCCAGCAAUAUCAUCCGAAUCAUUCGAAUUGAUCGAGAUAUCGUCUGACACCUCUUCAGUCUUGUUUGAUGCGACAGAUGAGAUUGAAGCUGAAAGUAGACUUUUGCCGCUCAACUCAACCAUUGCAUCGACCACAUGCAUUCAGAUGCAAGUCGCAGCCAAUAAUCUACGCAAUAUGUACAUUUCGAAUGAUGCGAAGAAAACUCAAGACAGCGACGAAUUCGAACCGGAUCUGACGUUAGUGCCCACAUACACGCAAUUUUUGAACGACAAAAACAACAAGGAUUGGACAUUGCGAUCACCACCGAAGGCAACGAGCUGGAAACACAGUCCUGAGAUCCCAUCAGCAUCCAGCGAUGGGCUCAUUCAAGUGUAUAUGCGUGAACAGGACAUCAAUCGAAUGUUGAAUAAAGGAAACAUAUAUUUUGCGCAAGGAAAGUUGCACUACGCGGAGUCAACGCAGAGAAAACGCACAUUCUAGGGCACACUUAAUAUUAGGUGUUUCAAAGCGGAAGCAUUAUUUGCUAGUACGAAACGAUUUUAAUAUGACGACUCGAUUAAGGCCAAUUUUCAAUUGUAGUUUAGAAAUUUUUUGGCAAAAAAGCCUAAUUGUUAGUAUAAAAUAAUAAGCAUUGUGACAAAUGUUCAGUUUAAAAGACAAAAACACAUCAAAUUGCUCAAUUGUUAGUUAAUAGAUAUGUUUAUAUGACGGUCACAAGACCAAACCAUAUAAAAAAGAACGAAACGAAACAAAAAUGAAACAAAAACAUACACAAAAACGAAAAACACAAAAAAAAGAAAACGAUGUAAAAUUUGCUCAGAAGCAACAAACAAAAACGACGUUGCCAAGAAGCAAUGGAUGAUGCGUUUUGAAUGGAUUAAAGUGAAUAAGUUAUUUAAAAAAAAA